AUGAUCGGUGUUAUUCAAACGGUUCUCCUGACCGCAGGCCUGGUCUCUGCGGCAUCUUUGCAAAGUGUUUCAGGAUGGGGGUCGAAUCCAUCUGGCAUUCAAAUGAGUAUCUACGUCCCGGAUCGAUUGGCUAGCAAGCCCCCCGUCAUUGUCGCUUUACACGGCUGUGGCGGAACUGGUCAACAAAUGUACUCCAGCUCCCGCUUUCAGACCUACGCCGACCAGUACGGAUUCAUUAUGAUAUACCCAAGCAGUAACACCAAGCAAGGGGUGGCAUGCUGGGACAAUCAUACCCCACAGAGUCUCACUCACAAUGGUGGUAGUGACACCCAAGGAAUUGUUCAACAAGUUCAAUACACUUUGAACAAGUAUAAUGGAGAUCCAAACCGAGUUUAUGCAAUCGGAUUCUCAUCGGGGGCUAUGAUGACAAACAACUUGGCGGCUGCGUACCCAGAUGUAUUUGAGGCCGGAGCUCCAUUUGCUGGUGUUCCUGCAGCCUGCUUCGCUGGCUCUGGUAGCUCAGCCCCCGGAGCGAGUAACAUGACUUGCGCAAACGGACAAGUUAUUAAAUCAGCUCAAGACUGGGGGAACUACGCCCGGAAUGCAUAUCCUGGAUACACUGGUCGUCGAACUCGUAUGCAAAUCUGGCACGGCUCUGCUGACAGUCUUGUUCUCCCCGCGCUUUUCCAAGAGGAAUUGAAGCAAUGGAGCAACGUUCUUGGAGUUUCUUUGACAUCAACAAAUUCCAACAACCCGGAAAGCGGGUACACACAGUAUCUCUACGGCGAUGGGAAGAAAUUGGUGGGAUAUAUGGCCGCGGGUGCUGGCCAUGGUGGUGUUCCCUAUCACGAGUCAAUGGUUCUCGACUUUUUUGGUGUGCUUACGACACCGGCUACCUCAACUAUCACGACCACAAGGACUACGACGGCAACUACGACAAUGUCCCCAACGACUACUCCAAGGACCACCCCAGCGACAACUACCCCUCCCGUAAGCCCUGGAGGCUCUCAGAGCAAAUGGGGACAAUGUGGUGGAGUGGGAUGGACAGGAUUCACAGCUUGUAGCGCCCCUGCAGCUUGCUCAACUUUAAAUCCUUACUACGCCCAAUGUUUGUAA